GCCUCUUUUUUUUCUUAACUCUUUCUUCACUUUUUCACUCCCAAAUCAAUUUUUUAGGGUUUUUAAUUUUUGUUGUAAUUUGCUCUCCUCCGCAUAUAUAUCUACACAAAACCACUGUGAGCGUGUGUCUGUAUUCAUCGAUCUUGUUAAGUAGUAUCCCGUUAUCAGAUUUUUCCUAGUCGACCUGCCUUUUAAGAGUCAUCAAUCAUGUCGCUGAGACCCAACGCUAGGACGGAGGUUCGCCGGAACCGGUACAAAGUUGCGGUGGAUGCUGAGGAAGGAAGACGGAGGAGGGAAGACAACAUGGUUGAGAUCCGUAAAAGCAAGCGUGAGGAGAGUUUGAUGAAGAAGAGACGUGAAGGUAUGCAAGCUCUUCAGGAUUUCUCUCUAGCUUCCUCCGCUCCUCAUGCCGCCUCUAAGAAGUUGGAGAGUUUGCCGGAUAUGGUUGCUGGGAUUUGGUCCGAUGAUCCUGCCUUGCAGCUUGAGUCCACUACUCAGUUCAGGAAGCUUCUCUCUAUCGAGAGGAGUCCUCCAAUUGAGGAAGUGAUAGGUGCUGGUGUUGUUCCUCGGUUUGUUGAGUUUCUUAAGAAAGAAGAGUAUCCUGCGAUUCAGUUUGAGGCAGCUUGGGCUUUAACAAACAUUGCAUCUGGAACCUCGGAUCACACAAAGGUUGUAAUCGAUCACGAUGCUGUUCCAAUCUUUGUCCAGCUUCUUGCUUCCCCUAGCGAUGAUGUCCGUGAGCAGGCUGUAUGGGCGUUGGGUAACGUUGCUGGUGAUUCACCACAGUGCCGUGAUCUUGUUCUUAGUUACGGGGCACUAAUGCCGCUGCUCAAUCAGCUUAAUGAGCAUGCCAAAUUGUCCAUGCUUCGAAAUGCCACCUGGACCUUGUCAAACUUCUGUCGUGGCAAGCCUCAGCCUCACUUUGACCAGGUGAAACCCACUCUUCCAGCCCUUCAACGACUAGUUCAUUCGAACGAUGAAGAAGUCUUGACAGAUGCCUGUUGGGCACUCUCAUACCUCUCUGAUGGGACCAAUGACAAAAUCCAGACUGUUAUCGAGGCCGGUGUUGUCCCAAGACUUGUUGAACAUCUCCUCCAUCCUUCUCCAUCUGUGCUAAUUCCUGCACUUCGCACCGUCGGGAAUAUAGUCACUGGAGAUGAUCAACAAACGCAGUGGGUGAUCAAUAGCGGUGCUCUACCUUGUCUUGCCAACCUUCUAACUCAAAACUAUAAGAAAAGCAUAAAGAAGGAAGCUUGCUGGACGAUUUCAAACAUCACAGCAGGCAACAAAGACCAGAUCCAGACAGUAGUUGAAGCUAAUCUGAUUACCCCUUUGGUCAAUCUACUUCAAAAUGCUGAAUUUGACAUUAAGAAAGAAGCUGCAUGGGCAAUUUCAAAUGCAACUUCAGGUGGAUCUCAUGAUCAAAUCAAAUACCUGGUGGAGCAAGGAUGCAUAAAACCAUUAUGCGAUCUCCUGGUAUGCCCAGAUCCUAGAAUCAUAACUGUCUGCCUUGAAGGAUUGGAAAACAUUUUGAAGGUUGGAGAGGCAGAGAAGAACUUGGGUAACACAGGGGACAUGAACUAUUACGCUCAGCUGAUUGAUGAUGCAGAAGGGUUAGAAAAGAUCGAGAACCUUCAGAGCCAUGACAACCAGGAGAUCUACGAGAAGGCAGUCAAAAUUCUGGAGGCAUACUGGCUUGAAGACGAAGAUGAGGAGACACCACAACCUCCAGGUGUUGAUGGUUCUCAGGCUGGGUUCCAGUUUGGAGGCAACCAAGCUCCGGUCCCAUCCGGGGGAUUUAACUUCAGCUGAAGAUAUGAAACACAAACCCACAGGAAUAGAACUGGAAGAGUGCAGCUUGAGAAUGAUGAAAAGUCAGAGUCAGUCAGAGUCUAGUUUCAUUACCGGGGUUGUCUGGUCUCGGACGGCUAUUCCGGGUGGUCGGUUUAAAAGUACAGAGUCUCAGAAAGUGUUUGGUUUCAUUGUCCAGUCCCCAGAGCUUUUUUUUUUUUAUAUGAGAAGACCGGUAUACACACACCGGUCGUGAGUCUACUUUUGUGUUGUUUUUAAAUUUUGGAGGGUUAUACAUUUUACACUGGAGUCUUUGAUUUUUUUGUUUUGUGUUCACAACAAUUUGUAUGUCGGUAAAAUAUGAAACCACAAACCAUUUGGUCUAAAAUUUGUGGAAAACAAAUAGCGCUUUUGGUGUCUUUGAUAUACAGAAGGAAGGGUUUAUCUU